GUCUAACCAAUAAAAAAAACUCGCGGGAAAGUUAGAAAUGUCAUUUUUUGAAAGAUAGGUAUAGGUUAAUUAAUUAGGUUUUGAUAAUUUUGCCAUUUUUGCUGUUAAUUUUAUGGAUAAAAUUAUAAACAUAUAAGAUGGUCCUCCAGAACACCGGGAAAUAUCGGGCCGAUAGGCCCGAAAAGUCCGAUCAAGUUCAGAAACCCGAAGAAACAGCCGUUUUUAGAGAGGAGAGUUCGGAGUUUCGAUUACGACAAAUGUUAGAAAACGAUGCUAUAGAUGCAAAAUAUGGUUUUGAACGGGUUCAAGACAAUACUGAACGAACUGGCUUUCUUUUAAACAUGCAUUCAACCGAAAUACUUGACGAGGAUAAAAGAUUGUGCGCCGCAGUCGAUUAUUAUUUUAUGGAAGAAGAUGGAACCAGAUUUAAAGUAUCAUGUCCAUUUAUGCCCUAUUUUUAUGUACUGACAAAAAGAGAACUCAUACAAGAAGUAACACAAUAUCUUUCCAAGAAAUACAGUGGUGUUUUUGGGAAAAUUGAAACAGUGGCAAAAGAAGAUUUGGAUUUGCCCAAUCAUCUAAUAGGAUUAAAACAGAAAUACAUUAAACUAAGUUUUUACAGUCAGGCAGACUUGAUAAAAGUAAGAAAAGACUUACUAAGACAAGUCAAAAAGAAUAAGGCAAGACAAAGUGAAAAUAGUUACUACACAGAAAUGUUAGCUACACAUUUAACAAAUAAUAUGAACGAAAAUAUAGUAGCUAAAGCAAAUACAGAUCAAACGGAGAAUAUUUUAGAUAUCAGAGAAUAUGAUGUGCCUUAUCACGUACGCGUCUCAAUUGAUUUAAAAGUGUUUUGUGGGUCCUGGUAUACAGUUAGAACAAGGGGCUCUAGUGAUGCCCCUGUAAUCAGUCUGAGAAGCGAUAUAAUUGAACGACCUGAGCCAAUAGUCUUAGCUUUUGACAUAGAAACAACAAAACUACCUCUAAAAUUCCCCGAUGCAGCUACAGAUCAAAUCAUGAUGAUCUCAUACAUGAUCGAUGCUCAAGGGUAUUUGAUAACAAACAGAGAAAUUCUCUCUGCAGAUAUUGAGGACUUUGAGUACACACCUAAACCAGAGUUUGAAGGUAAAUUUACCAUAUUUAACGAACCAAAUGAGAUGUGCCUUCUCCAGAAAUUUUUUGAUCAUAUUAUGGAGGUGAGGCCUCACGUUUUUGUGACAUACAAUGGUGAUUUUUUUGAUUGGCCGUUUAUUGAGGCCAGGGCAGCAGUAUAUGAUCUAGAUAUGAAACAGGAGAUAGGUUUCUCUAGGAAUCGCGAGGGCGUUUUUUGGAGUAGGCCAGCUAUGCAUAUGGACUGUCUUUGCUGGGUAAAGAGGGAUUCCUACUUGCCUGUCGGGUCGCAGAAUUUAAAAGCAGUGGCUAAAGCUAAAUUGAGAUACGAUCCGGUUGAACUGGACCCAGAGGAAAUGUGCCCCUUGGCCGCUUCCGACCCGCAAGUACUUUCGAACUACUCCGUUUCCGAUGCGGUGGCUACCUACUACCUCUACAUGCAGUACGUGCAUCCGUUUAUUUUCGCGCUGUGCACCAUCAUCCCAUGCGAGCCUGACGAAGUGCUGAGAAAGGGUUCGGGUACCUUGUGUGAAGCCCUGCUCAUGGUUGAGGCGUUUCACGCUAAUAUAAUUUUUCCUAAUAAGGAAGAGACGGUGCUGAACAAGCUGACGCACGAUGGGCACGUGUUACACCAAGAAACAUACGUGGGGGGUCACGUGGAAGCUUUGGAGAGUGGUGUUUUUAGGGCUGAUAUUCCUUGCAGAUUUCGGAUAGUACCUGAAGCCGUCGAUUCCCUGAUCGAACAAAUCCCAAAGACGUUAGAGCACGGUAUCAGCGUAGAGGAGGGCGUACCCAUGGACCUGGUCACCAAUUUAUCGGAAAUCAGCGAAGAGAUCCGGGCACAACUGACCGCUUUGAAGGACCAACCUUUGCGUCUGGAGAGGCCUUUAAUAUACCAUUUGGAUGUGGGGGCCAUGUACCCUAACAUCAUCUUGACCAACAGACUGCAGCCCUGUGCCAUGGUCAACGAGACUAUUUGUGCUAGUUGCCAUUUUAACAAACCCGGGGCUACUUGCCAAAGAAGCAUGGCAUGGAUGAUGAGAGAAGAAUACAUGCCCGCUUCUAGGAGUGAAUACCAACGCAUCCAGCAACAAUUGGAAAUGGAAAAAUUCCCGCCAUCUUACCCUGGUGGACCUCGAAGGGCGUUCCAUGAAUUACCCAAGAAAGACCAGGCGGAAUAUGAGAAGAAACGUCUUCAAAUUUACUGCAGAAAAGUAUACAAGAAGUUAAAAAUUACCAGAGUUGAAGAAAACACCACUACAAUUUGUCAAAAAGAAAAUUCUUUCUAUGUGGACACAGUCAGAGCUUUCAGAGACAGACGUUACGAGUAUAAAGGACUGUCGAAAAAAGCGAAACAGGCUGUCACCGAAGCUGUCAAAGGGGGUGACGCUUCCGAAAUCAAGUCGGCCAAGAACAGGGAGGUGUUGUAUGACUCUUUGCAGCUAGCUCACAAGUGUAUCUUGAAUUCCUUCUAUGGCUACGUCAUGAGGAAGGGGGCCAGAUGGUACAGCAUGGAAAUGGCGGGAAUAGUGUGCUAUACAGGGGCGAAUAUAAUUACGAAAGCCCGAGAAAUCAUAGAACAGGUGGGAAGGCCUUUGGAGCUGGAUACCGAUGGAAUAUGGUGUAUACUUCCCGCAUCCUUUCCAGAAAACUUCACAGUACACUCGACCCACGCGAAAAAGAAGAAAUUUGUGAUUUCCUAUCCUAAUACUGUCCUAAACGCCAUGGUUAAAGAACACUUCACGAAUCAUCAAUAUCAUGAACUAGUUGACCAAGAAAAAGUGGAAUACAAAAUCAGAAGCGAGAAUUCUAUAUUUUUUGAAGUCGAUGGGCCGUACAAAGCCAUGGUUUUGCCUGCCAGUAAAGAAGAAGGUAAAAAACUAAAAAAACGUUAUGCUGUCUUUAAUUUUGACGGAUCUCUAGCAGAGCUUAAAGGGUUUGAAGUUAAAAGACGUGGUGAGUUGCAACUGAUCAAGAAUUUUCAAUCUUCGGUUUUCGAAGCGUUUUUGAAAGGAGACAGCUUGGAGUCAUGUUAUGCUGCUGUAGCUCAGGUAGCUGAUUACUGGCUUGAUGUUCUCUACUCCCACGGCAAAAAUAUGCCCGAUUCCGAGCUUUUCGACCUAAUUUCCGAAAACCGAUCCAUGUCAAAGAAGUUGGAAGAAUACGGAGCGCAAAAAAGUACUUCCAUAAGCACAGCAAAACGUUUGGCCGAAUUUUUGGGCGACCAAAUGGUCAAAGACGCCGGCCUGGCUUGCAGAUACGUCAUCUCGAAAAAACCGCACGGAGCUCCUGUCACAGAACGAGCUAUACCUUUGGCGAUUUUCCAAGCCGAAGACGCUAUUCAGAAGCAUUAUUUGAGGAAAUGGCUGAAAGAUGGUUCAAUCAACGAGGUGGACAUUAGAGAUAUUUUGGACUGGAGUUACUACAUUGAACGUCUCGGAGGAGCUAUACAGAAAAUUAUUACCAUUCCGGCUGCCAUGCAAGGGGUUCCAAAUCCGGUACCAAGAGUGAGGCAUCCCGAUUGGUUACAUAAAAAGAUCUUAGAGAAAAACGACACUUGCAAACAACGACGUAUAACAGACAUGUUCUCGCGUUGCUCCAAAGAGGAGUUUAGUAGGUCAAAUGAAGCGAGCAGCUCCAUAGGUGACAUGGAAGACAUAGGUUCAAAACAAACAUCUCCCGCUUUUAAAACACCCACAGUUGCCACAGUUAAUAAAAAACGUAAACGAGGACCGGACAAAGACAACCAAUUUACAGAGGAAGAACUUGAUAAAACUUGGAGGGAAGUACUGGGAAAUCCUCCACCCUUCGGUACGACCAAAAAAAGCAAGACCGAGUGGAUCCUGUUUCAAAAAAGGAAGUGGCUGUUUCAGUCUCUGCAGAAAAACCUUGGAAACCCGAACAAAAAGAAGAAAAACAAAGGUAGUAUGGCUGUGUUGAGGUCAUCGGCUCCUGGGACUAUGGGGGGAUUUUUGCAGAAAACACAGAGGACUUUAUUGACCACGCCAUGGCAAAUUCUUCAGAUUAUUUCUACUGCUACGCCUGGGGAGUUCAAAUUAUGGGCACUGGUUCAAUCAGAAUUGUACUGUGUGAAAUUGACAGUACCUAGGAUGUAUUAUGCCAACUUGAAAACGCCUAAAGCUAGAGAGGAAGGUGCAUUAUUUAAAAAGUGUAACAGGACUUUGCCCAGAGCCCGCAAAGUGUACAAUCUCUAUCUGUAUUCUGUUCCUGAAAUUUUGUUUAUAAAAAACAACGAAGAACUCUUCAUAUCCAUAUCCGACCCAGACGUGGAAGGCAUCUACGAAACCAAGACUUCCCUAAUAUUCAGAGCUCUGGUGUCAACCAGUUGCGUUUGCAAAGUAUCCAGAGGCGUCACGCGCCUCGAAUCCUUCAGCUUGGAUGAGCUGGAAACCGUUCCACUAAACAGACAACCUUACCUUCCCAAAGAUUCUUUGAAGCAUGUUUAUCUGUACCAUCACAGACACCAGACCAAGCCGCAGCAUAUGUUUGGACUGUUUUUGACGCCUCUCAAGAAAUGCCUGAUUGUGGUGAUUGAUUCUGUCAGGACGAAUCUGAUGCCUAAUAUGGUUAAUUUGUACAACACCGAACGUUUAGCAAAAUUGGAAAAGCUUCAGCAAAAUGCAGUGUUGCCACCUGAAGACAUUCAGUUUGAGAUAAAAGUCGAGACUGAUGUGGCUCAAGCUUACAAGCUCCUGAAUAAAGCUUUGUUGUCAUACAAGGAGGAGAAAAAAGGACCUACAAUGCUGGUGCUUCAGACCACAAUGGAUGUUCAGAUACUUCAAGGGGUCAUUGGUGCUAUUAAUGAUUUUCCUCAAACGCAGAUAUAUGUUAAGGAUGACGAUGACCUUUACAAUGUCCUAGAGUGGCAAAAAACAGGUGCUAAGGCCAUAGUACGUCAUUACCUUAACAGCGAAACUGCUUUGGAAAUCAUGACGGAACAAUGUCGAUAUUUCCACAUCCCUCUGGGUAACUACCCGACCGAUCCCGCCAUUUUUGGGGCUGAUUUGUUCUACGCCCGUCACUUAGUGAAAGCGAACCACGUCCUAUGGUGCUGUCCACUGGACAAGCCAGAUUUAGGUGGCAGUGAGGAGACAGAUACAAGACUUCUAGCUGAAAACCAAGAAGGAUCUAGCGAAGUACUUAAUGUUCCUGGUUGGUACUCUUCAGUUUGUGUUGCUUUAGACAUAGAUUGCCUUGCCAUAAAUACAUUAUUACAAUCCCAUCAUGUCACAGACAUAGAAGGAACAAGUAACGCCACUGCCUUCGAUACCAACCAAGGGGUGUCCAUAGAUGAAAUGUUAUCAGGAAACAGCGCUCUUAUUUACAAUGAGUCUGGUAGAUGCGCUGAGGCUUUUAGAAUACUCAGAACUAUGGCUGGUGGUUGGAUGAGGGAUAUAUCACUGUACAGAAACCCGUAUGCUGACUAUCAAGUCAUACAUUUUUACAGAUGGCUGAGAUCUUCUAAAUCAUUACUCUACGAACCGGCAAUCCUUAGAACGCUUCAAACUCUGAUGAAGAAGCUGUUUUUGCAAUUGGUGGCUGAACUGAAACGCCUAGGUUGUGUGAUAAUUUAUGCGAAUUUCAACAAAAUAGUGUUGUGUACGAAGAAAAACAGCGUUGAUGAUGCAGUGGCUAAUGUUGAAUUUGUGGUCAAUUCUAUAAGAAAUAAGGAAUUAUUUCACUCAAUUGAUAUAUCUUACAGCCAAUGUUGGGAACAUUUGGUGUGGCUAGAUCCUGCAAACUAUUGCGGUGUGAAGGGCAAAACUCAACAGGAAUUAGAUAAGUCUACUGAAGCAGUUGAAGAAGAAGAAAACGAGGAAACUGACGAGCCUGAUAUUGAUAUAAACUGGAGCAUGGCGGAACAGCUUCCAGAAACAGCAAGAUGUAGGGAUAAUUUUAAAAUCAUCAUUACCUCGUAUCUGAACGCCAUCUACAUGAGCAUGAAGAGUAACAGCAAUAAGGGAACACCGAUGGUACUGAGUCAACCCACAUAUGGUCUAGCAAGUCACGAAGAGGUUGUAAAGUACGCCAAAGAUCUGAUUGCUGGGGAAAUCAGUCAAAAUUUAUUCCAGAUGACAGAAAGGAUUCACAACCGGUUAAAACCGGCCCCAGAUGGCACUAGCGGCGCUUUAGAUUUUGUAAAAUCUGUGUGCCACGUGUUGGGACUUGAUCCAGCUGUCGAAGACGCGGUAGAUAACUUGAAAAGCAACUUAUUAAGACUCAUAGGGGUUGGAGAAUUCUCUGAAAAAGCCGUGUGGACUGAUACUACAGUUUCUUAUGUUGUGCCACAAAUAAUUUGUAGGCAAUGUAACCAUUGCAGAGAUAUAGACUUAGGAAGAGAUCCUCAUAGGACUGAACACGCCUGGUACUGCCCUCUAUGUAGAGCAACUUACAACACCGCCGAAAUAGAGUGUUUCCUCCUUGACACAAUUUCCAGAAAAUUUCUGGCUUACAAUCUGCAAGAUCUACAAUGUAAAAAAUGCUCCCAAAUCAAAAUGGAGAACUUGAUAGUGCACUGUAAAUGCGCAUCGGAAUUUAGGUGCCUUGUUUCUCAAGAGGACCUAAUAAAAUUGCUAGAAACGUUUUUGAAAUUGGCUGAGAUUUUUAAUAUGCCUGCCCUAGCAGAAACUGUGCAGCAAAUUUUAAAGCUUACGUAAGUUAUUUGUAUUUUUUAAUUGUUAGUAACUUGUUUUUUUAUCUAAAUAAAUUAUUUUUACUCA